AUGAAAAUCGAUCUUCGCUCCACGAGAACAAACGCUGCUGUGAAAAACGAUCUGAACUUUACCGUGUCUCGUGCGGUCCUUCACGUCUCCACUUGCGGAGAAAGUGAUCAUAUACAAAAGAUCUACGAUGUAAAUGGGCACCUGCUGGUGAUGUUAGAUAUCCCUGUGAUCUGCUAUACUUGUAUCUCUAUGAUGUUCAAAUCAUUUGAUCGUGACGAAAACGACGCUCCGAU